AUGUUGGUACGUUCUGGUUUAAGACAAGCGAUGCGUUUGCAAACUGGCGUGGCUGCGCGCUUUUACUCUGAGGGCGCGACCGGCUCUCCCAGAGCGUCCGGGUCCGAGGACACUUUUCUAAAGCGCGAGCGUGCGCAAGAGGACUACUUCAUCAAGAAACACGAAAAGGACCAGUUGGCGCACUUGAAAGAGCAGUUGAAGCAGCAGCAGAAGAAGAUUGACAGCUUGGAGGAGAAACUGGAGAACAUUACGAAAUAG